AUGAGAGACACCAUAACUCUUUCACCGAACGAUUUGAACGAAAUCCGUAUCGACAGUAUGCAGUCUCCAAUAAAGAUGAAAGCGUGCAAAUCGCAAUCAUUGCCGGAAGGUAGGCUUCCUUACCGUCGCGAAAGCAAUUUUAACAAAUUUAAAUACUCUAUCAAGAAAAAUUUCAAGGGAAGCUUAAGAAGGUCAGUUUUUCUUACACACAUUCAUUCUUCUUACUAA